AUGGGGGUCACCGGCUGGCAUUGCCGUUACUCCUCGUCACCACCUCCUCUGGACUGGCCUCUGCCUAACCAGUGGAACCAGACUGAGCUCAAAGUGGAGGUCCAGCCCAAGUCCUAUCACAGGGCGCACUACGAGACGGAGGGCAGCAGAGGAUCCAUCAAGGCAGCAACUGGUGGACAUCCUGUCGUCAGACUGAGCGGGUGCAGCGAGCAGCCGCUCAGUCUGCUGCUGUUCAUUGGCACUUCAGAUGACCAGUACCCUCGUCCUCAUUCCUUCUACCAAGUCCACAAAGUGACAGGAAAGACCGUUACCACCAUCUGCCAGGAGAAGGUGAUGGGCAGCACCAAAGUCCUGGAUGUUCCUUUGCUUCCAGAAAACAACAUGUCAGUCAGCAUCAACUGCGCCGGCAUCCUGAAGCUGCGCAACGCCGACAUCGAGCUGAAGAAAGGAGAGACGGACAUCGGGCGUAAGAACACCAGAGUGCGCGUUGUGUUCAGAGCGGCCGUUCCUCAGCAGGACGGUCGGACGCUGUGGCUGCAGACCGCGUCUGUUCCCAUCGAGUGCUCCCAGCGGUCGGGCCUGGAGCUUCCACACGUGGAGAGCUUUUGCCCGACCAGCUGCUCCAUGGAGGGUGAAGUGGAGCUGCUCAUCUCUGGCUCCAACAUGGCUGCUCACUCCAGAGUUGUUUUCGUGGAGAAGGGUUCCGAUGGAAGAUCGCUGUGGGAAACGGACGCCAGAGUUCUGUCAGAAAAAAGCAAUGAUUCCAGGGUCGCAGUGGUGGUCCCCCCUUACACAAAGAAAGCAGCGUCCCCCGUCCACGUCCAGUUCUACGUCUCCAAUGGGAAGAGAAGAAGAAGCCCAGCGCAGAGCUUCACCUUCCUGCCUGGACCUCACUACGCUGCAGGAGUCGAGCAGGAGCACUGGGGGGCAGACCACCUCCUUUACCAGCCCCUCUCCCAGGACGGGACGCUCGGGGCUUCCUAUGAUCCCUGUGCUCGUCUUCCUCACCCUGCUUCCUCCUCCCUUCCACUGCAGGCCCAUGCUCAGGACUCCGGUUCCCCCGUUCAGAUCCUCAGUGCUCCUUGUUCCAUGUCCUUUGGUGGACAGCUCAGGGAGCCAUCUUUAGGUUCCAGUACUCCCUUCACAGCUCCGGCUUCAGCCCCAGGAGAGCUGCUGAGGAUCAAACAGGAGCCAGAGGAGCAGCCUCACCUGGGAUCCCUGGGCCUUCAAGAGAUCACGCUGGAUGAUGUGAACGAGAUCAUCGACAGAGACAUCGGAGGUCUGAGCAGCUCAGCAGGACCGGACCAGUUCCACCAGUACAACUGGGACCACGAGUCCAGCGCCCAGUCCUUCUGCAGAGACUUUGAGUAGUUUCCAAACUGACCUUUAAGUGCCUGAAAACCUUGAACAU